AUGAUAGGAGCAUAGGACAAAAGUCCUUGAUAGAAGAGAGAGAGAGAGCGAGAAAGAGAGAGAAAGAUGGUUGGUGUUUUUGUAGUCUUGCCUUUCUAACAUUUUAGCCAUCUUAAUUUACAGUGAGUGAGCAAAACGGAGAGAGAAAGAGAGGUAAAGAAACUCAAAAACGCAACUAUGUUCGAUGGAGUCCCAGCUGAGCAAUUGCACCAAUUCAUAGCAGCCUCAAGAACUUCACUCCCUCUCCCUCUUCCCAAUAUUCCUCUCUCUUCCUUCCCUAAUCUCCAACCCUUCGAUCAUCAUCAUCAUCAUCAUAACUACAACAUCAUCAACCCUCCUCCCCCAACACCUCAAGAACUUGUGCAGCUUCAGCCACCACCUCACAAUCAGCUUCUGCUUCCGUCCGUAGUACUUCACCGCCGCGCAAAUGAUCAAGAGAAGCAAGAAAACAGCACUACCUUGGUCUUGCCCUCAUCGAAUUUGGAGAUCGAAAGAGAACGAACCGCAUCGAUGCCACCUGAAUUGCCUAGCGAUCCCUGGAGUAACGAUGAGCUGCUUGCACUGCUCCGGAUCAGAUCUACCAUGGAGAAUUGGUUCCCUGAGUUCACUUGGGAACAUGUCUCAAGAAAGCUGGCAGAGGUUGGCUUUAAAAGGAGUGCAGAGAAGUGCAAGGAGAAGUUUGAAGAGGAAAGCAGGUACUUCAACAAUAUCAACUUCAACAAGAACUUCAGGUUUCUUAGUGAGCUUGAGCAGCUCUAUCAACCACCAGUUGAGCCACCUCAAAACGUAGCUGAAGAUCAACCAGAAAAGAAUACCGAAAAAGUAGUAGAAGUUGAAAAGGCAAGUGAAGAACUAGGAAACCAAGAUAAAGGCCAAACAGCUUUGGAUCCUCAAGAGUCACCAAGCAAUGAUCAAACAGUUAGUGAGACACAGGUAGAGAUUGGUAGAGCAAAGAGCAACAACAAGAAGAGGAAGAGGCAGAGGAGAUUUGAAAUGCUGAAAGGUUUCUGUGAAGACAUAGUGAACAAGUUGAUGGCUCAGCAAGAAGAGACUCACAGUAAGCUACUUGAAGACAUGGUGAGGAGAGAUGAAGAGAAGCUUGCAAAGGAAGAAGCUUGGAAGAAGCAAGAGAUGGAUAGGAUGAACAAGGAGCUUGAAACCAUGGCACAUGAACAAGCUGUUGCAGGUGAUAGACAAGCUACAAUUAUUCAGUUCUUGAAGAAAUUCACAUCAUCAGCUAGUACUAGUAGUAGUACUAACCCUAGUAAUGGCCAAAAGGAAAAUGAUCAAGAACCAAUUACAUCAUCCACAAUGGUCCCAUCUGCAAGCAAUGUUCACAAGUCUACUACUACUACUACUUCUUUCCACACCCAAAAUAAUCCAAGCACACCCACUUCACUGACCGAAGCAAUUGCACCCCAAAGCCCUAGUUCAAGCACUCUAAGCAUCAAUCCAAAACUGCCCAUUUCAUCUCCGCCUCCUGAAAACCCUAGCUCCGAUCAUCUCAAAACCCAAAACCCUAGCUCGAACGACAAAGCGCAAGACCUCGGAAAGAGAUGGCCGAGGGACGAAGUCUUGGCUCUGAUCAACCUCCGGUGCAGUCUCUUCAACAAUGGCGAUCAACAAGACAAGGAUAAAGAUGGAGGAGCCGUCAAGGCUCCACUGUGGGAGAGAAUCUCACAAGGGAUGUCAGAGUUGGGUUACAAGAGAAACGCCAAGAGGUGUAAAGAGAAAUGGGAGAAUAUCAAUAAGUACUUUAGGAAAACAAAGGAUGUGAACAAGAAGAGGUCGCUUGACUCGAGGACUUGCCCUUAUUUUCAUCAACUAAGCACUUUGUACAACCAAGGCAUACUCGUACCGCCUUCCGAUCACCAAGCGGCGGCGCCGGAAAAUCGCUCACCGGAGAACCAAUCGUCUCUAGCUGAAGGUGAGAAAAACAAUAUGGUACAGCAAGCUGUACCGGCAGCUUUUGAUUUUGAAUUCUGAUGUUUUGCAUAUUUGUGUGUGCAAUAUUUUCAGUGAUAAUAAUAUGUGAUACCUUUUUCUUUUUA